AUGCAAACAUUGCUGUCGGGAUCGCUGACCACUAAGUACCGCCUGCUCGGCUUGGCCAGUGGCUUUGUCCUCAUUGUCUUCUCUCUCUGGGUGGUGCGGUGGCCCACCGCUACCUAUGGCUCGCUCCUCGGUCCUCCCAAACCGCCUCCAAUCGACCCAUACUAUGUCUCAGCAGCAGAGACCGCUUCAUCAAUAUGGAACAACCCGCUGAAUAUCUCCGAAUUUGGAGGGAUGGGAAAGAGGUUGCAGACUCUGAAGGACUGGAUAGCGUACACCGAGACAUCCCAAUUGACCGCAAAGCAAAAAGGGGACUGGUCAAACCUGAUAGAAGGCGUAGCUGAUGCGCUUGUACCGUUCAUUCGAAGUCCUAACAAUGAUACGAAUGGACACCGGAACUUGGAAAUGCUUCGGCAGCGUUUUAUCCCCGGAUCUAAGGGGCUGGUCAUCACAACAGGCAAGCAACGCUUCCGUUUCGCCUGUCAUCUAGUGACCAACUUGCGACACGUUUUGGGAUCACAGAUGCCAAUUCAGAUUGCAUACUCGGGAGACGAAGAUCUACCGGAUGGAUUUCGGGACUUUAUCACGUCCUUGGCACCUAAUGUGUCAACUUUUGAUGUGACAGCUGUCUUUGACGAUGGCCCUUUAGACCUGCCACAUGGCGGCUGGGCGGUCAAGGCAUUCGCUAUUCUUGGUAGCACCUUCGAGCAAGUGAUGCUACUGGAUGCCGACGAUGUCUUUGUCCAACCACCCGAAGUGAUUUUCAACGAGCAUCCACAAUAUCGGGAGACCGGAACCAUGCUUUACCAUGAUCGACUCCUCUGGCAGGGCGGAUUCCCCGAGAGACAUGCCUGGUGGGAGGAGCAACUUGCGGACGUCGACAUCAGCGAUACGCUCAGACUGUCGAAAGUAUAUGUGGAAGGAUAUGCGGAGGAAUGCGAUUCGGGUGUGGUGGCAGCUGACAAGUCCCGCUUGGACGUCUUUAUAGGGUUACUCCAUAUUGCAUGGCAGAAUACAUAUGAAGUGCGUGAAACGUACACUUAUCGACAGGGUCACGGUGACAAAGAAAGCUGGUGGUUCGGUUUUGAAUUGACCGGUACUCCGUACUCGAUGGAGCAGCAUUACGCAUCUAUCGUCGGUCAUGUCCAGCUUGCCGAGGAUGGCACACCUGAAGACCGGGUCUGCAGUUUUACCAUUGCCCACGUGGAUCACAAGACCAAGCUCCUCUGGUACAACGGUAGUCUUCUGAAGAACAAGGAGAUCGACUCGAUAGACUUCGAUGUGCCGACCGAAUGGAUGAUUGAUGGGACUUGGGAAAAGGGUGCCUUGAAACAAGAUCUGAGCUGCAUGAGCGGUGCUCCAGUUCAAUCUAUCGAUCCGGAUAUCGUUGAGCUCCUGCAGCAGACGGCAGAGUACGCCAAAAAGGUCGAUGAUGAUCUACGCGAACGACUUCCAGAAGCCGUGCCUUAUCGAUAG